AUGUCUCGCACAUCGUUACCACCUGACCUCAAGCUUUUUCGAGGCUCCGGCGACGCAGGCACCUACGUCUGGUCGCCGUUUGUCACCAAAGUCGAGGCCCGGCUGCGCUUCGACGGGCUGCGCUACACCUCCGGGCACGGCUCGCCGCGGUCCGCGCCCCGCGGCAAGAUCCCGUACAUGGAGUGGCACGAGACGACGUCUGCCGGCGACGACGCCGUCAGCGCCAUGGGCGACUCAGCGCUCAUCAUCCGCGCGCUCGUGGCCAACGGCCUCCUGCGGGACCUCAACGCGGCGCUGCCGACGGGCGCGCUGCGCGCGCAGGACCUGGCGGUGCGGGCGCUCCUCGAGGACCGCGUCUACUUUUACGGCACGCGCGAGAAGUGGUGCGACAACUACGACGAGAUGGUGGAAAACAUGCUCGCGGCGGUGCCGUGGCCGGUGCGCGCGGUCGUCGGGUGGAUGGCGCAGCGGGCGACGGUGCGGACGCUCCACGGGCAGGGCACGGGGCGGCUGAGCGACGACGAGGUGCUGAUGUUUAAGGAGGAGGUAUGGGAGGGCGUGGAGGCGCUGCUGGCCGAGGCCAAGAAGAAGCGGACGACAGGAGGCGAUGAUGCGCCGUUUUGGGUGCUGGGGGAAGAGGAGCCGAGCGAGGCGGACGCUACGCUUUUUGGGUUCAUCAUCGGCGGGCUGGUCAGCACAGCGGCGCCGGUUACGCAGGCGAUUGUGAGCAAGUUGCCGCAUGUGAUUGAGUAUGCGGAGAGGAUACACGAUACGUAUUUUCCCGAUUACGAGAAGUGGAAAUGA